CUAUCUAUCUAUCUAUCUAUCUUACAGUACCUGGAUGCUGCUGACAUUGGCGAUGUUGGAGCGAGCAUAUCCAUGCACAUCAUAGCAUGUUUUGGUCAUUGCUUCUAUCUAUCCACAAUCGAUCUAUUCACUAUCCAAGGAUCAUUUACAUGCCAAAAUUCUGAUUGUCUAUUCAGCUAAACAUUGAGAUAGAAAGGAAAUGGAUAUCAUACAUCACACCUCGUUCAGCCAUUAUCAUUAUCAUUAUCUAUCUACCCUGUACAUUUCCUCUCUACAUCUCCUCAAGCUUCUGACCGCUCGUGCUUGAUUGCCUGUACAGAUAAGCAUCAUUCACAUACGAUUCAUAUAGGUGGGUCAAUACGGCAAAAAGGGAAGAACUUUUUUCUACUCGAGUACAUACUACUAUUGUAUGUCUGAUAUGCCAGCUGUUACACUUUCGAUAGUCUCACAAAAACGAAUCUGAUAGGCAGUAAACUUUCUCAACAACAAGCCCUAUUUCUCUGAUAGACCAAAGGAUUACCCAGGUAUAUUGAAAAGGUUUCACCAGGCCAACUACAACGUUCAAUCAUGGCUGGCCGCGUACAACCAUUUCUUGAUUCUCUUGGCCCAGAAGUGGAGGACCCCGAAGAAGAGGCGUUUCUGUUGUUCUCUCAAACCAUCCCAUCCCAGAAUCUCGGAUUCGUAGAUUCAAAGGCUACUGAAAUAGAUUUCACCAUUAACGGUAGAGAUCUCACGAUUUACCAAUCUCCUACAAUCUUAUCAUCAAAUCGUGAUGGGGGAACCACUGGAGCAGUGAUAUGGAAAAUCACCCCCCUUUUCGCAAAAUGGAUAUCAUCACUUACAAAUCCACUCCUCAAGCAUCAGAUAAUCACCCCUGAUUCAGUAGUCCUUGAAUUAGGUUGUGGAAUAUCCGGCCUCAUAGCCCUUACUCUAUCACCCCUUCUCCAAACAUACAUCCUUACAGACCAACCAUAUGUUCUCAAAUUUCUCUCUCAAAAUCUUUCUUCUAACUCCUCUACACCAUCAAGUACAACAAACUCCAAAUCCAAGUCCCGAAAAUCCAAAACCUCAUCGUCAACAUCCACAUCCACAUCCACAUCAACAACUCAACAACCCUCAACCAAUAAAAUCAUCCCUCUAACCCUCGACUGGGAAACCGACGUCGUCUCCCCCUCUCUCGCCUGCUCAGAAACCACCACGAGCUUCGACACAAUCAUAGCUUGCGAUUGCAUCUACAAUGACGCAUUAAUCCCACCUUUCGUCCAAACAUGUGUUGAUCUCUGCCGUCUCCGUUCCACAUCUUCAUCUACCAAAAAUCAAGAUCAAACAGAAGCCCGCAAUCCCACUCUCUGCAUCAUAGCCCAACAACUCCGUUCUCCGGAUGUGUUUGAAUCCUGGCUCAAGGAAUUCAACAAAUUCUUUAGAGUGUGGCGUGUACAAGAAGGAGGUAUCCAGGAGUGUGGAUUAGGAGAAGACUCGGGGUUUGUGGUGCAUAUUGGGAUUUUGAGGUAGGAAGGAAAAGAGUUGAUAGGAUGUAUCUCAUGGAUAUUGAUACUGUUUGUUACUAUCAAAAAACCAUGCGGGGUGUUUAGAAUUGCGCGGAUACACAAAUAUUAUCCGGAAAUUUGAUAAAUGCAUAGUAGCAUUGCUUUCCAUAUAUAUACCCAGCUUUCUUCCCGUUCACAAGUUGAUAUAAUGUUGGACGGUGUAUGUAUCUCACCAGAUAAACUAGUGAAGCGUAUACUAUAAUUCGUUUGUAUAAUUGUUGCGUAUGCAUGGAUUUGGAUUUGGAGAACGGGUGAAUAUCUCGUUGAGAAGUGUUGAAGAGAUAGCUUUUUUGACUCGUACUAUUCUCUUCUCUUCUCCAGUUAGUCGGAGAAUCAAGAGUGGUACUUGAAUAUGGACGUAUCUCCUUUAUGUCCGAGUCAGAGACUCGAUUAUCUUGGUUGUGGCGACUCUGUGGAUUUGGGAGUCAGGCUAUGUGGAUGAGAAAGAUUGAGAUGGAGAUUAUUUCUAGUAUCUGUUGCUACCUACAUAGAGUUAUUGGGUGCUCUUUGGAUUCAUUCAUUAUGUUUUGAAGGUUGAAGAUUGAUCUAUUGAGCUGCUUUUUCGUGUGUAGGAGGGGAGAUUUGGGAUGGUGAGAAAAUUGUGUUGUUGCCGAAUCGAAUUAUAGCUUGUGGGAUACAACAACUCGAACAUGUUUUGAAAGGAAUGUGUGUUUAGAUGGGAAAUAACAAUCAACAUAUCGCGUGUUUUAAAGGAAGCUUUUGGUGAAGACGUUGAUGUGUGUGGCGGGGAAGUGAACAUAGCUGGAGAUCUACGUGUUGGCUGCAACGUAAUUUCUUCGAACCUUGUGGCUCGUGUACGUUCUCAACCAUUUCUCUAUUCAAUUAGGUCGAGAUGAAACCGCUUUAGCAAU